CUCUAGCGUGUCACAUGGGUUAUAAAUUAUGUUGGGCAACAAGUGAAUGUCCAGUGUGUAACUCAAUAGCGUUGUUUGAACAGGGAUCUUCAGGACUACAGGAAAACAAAUCAACAGGGAAUCUUCUUUUCUACAGGAAAACAAAUAUUGGAUAUCUCGGACAAGGUGGAGACGCUUUCAACAAAACAUGCGAAGUUUUAAAGAAGCCGUCUUUUUGAUCUGUGUAUUAGUGUUUCUCGCUGGGAGAGAAGGUUCAGCUGUCUUGACUGAAAGCCCCAAACAAAAACAAUGUGCGCCCUUCAAAAGUGACUCUGGUCUUGCCAAACUUUGUGGAUAUAAUUCAACGGUUAAAUUUCUUUACGAAAAACACUACUCUAUCGCAGAAGCGACUUUAAAACACGCUGCUUUAAAAGUAAAUCAGUGUUCCCCUUACGCAAACGAACUCAUUUGUUCAGUUUUAUUACCAAGAUGUGAAGAAGAUAUUGAUGGGCCGUAUUUGCCCUGUCGGCGAGUUUGCGACGAAGUAUUUAACAAAUGUGGGAAUAUAUUGAGAGAAAAUAACUUUGGCUGGGUAUAUGGAAUGUGUCAGCUUUUAGCUCGGGAGGAUAAUCCUAAAAGCAAGUAUUAUUUACAGAGAUGCUACGAGCCAGAUGGAUUCAAUACUUCAAUUCAAGUCGAAGAUAAACUCGAGUCCCUGAAAUGCCACCCACUAGAUAUCCCUAUAUGCCAAGGGCUGGGGUUCACGGAAACCGUCCUAUCCAAACAAGGCCAACAGGGACUUUCAACAUACAUAAGCAACGCACUUAGUCAGUACGAGGAUGACAAGGACGAGUGUAAGAUCAUGAGGAAGAGAUUAUUCUGUACGCAGAACUUACAGUCUUGCAUGAAUAACAAGAUCGCGUUCUUCUGCAGAGAUAAAUGUAAAGAAUUUGUUGAAAGAAACUGUAGCUAUUCGUUUUACUAUGAUCCUACGUUAUGUAUGGAAUUUCCGGAGGGCGAUUCAGAUGUGGAUAUUUGUGAGCAGACGCACUGGCCGAGAGCGGGGAACUGGCCAGCGAUACGAGACGCUGUCUACACGGCUAUCCCUACAGAAGUACCAACUAAAAACGGCAAUGUAACUACAGGAAUACCGAGCACUACCACUGAUACCAUAAGCUCACCUGGGAUAUUCGGCCGUCAGGAUACAGGAAGUGUGAAUAUCACGGGUGCCGUGGCAGGAGGGGUUAUAGCGGCAGUGUGUCUAAUCAUCAUUGCACUCGGCAUCGCGUAUUUCCUGUACAAGCGCAAGAAGCACCGCGAUCGGUUCCCGUCACUUGAUCACCACGCUCCUUAUAUGGAUGUCGUUGAAAGAAAUGGCGCGAAAAAUAAGGAGGCAGUGAAAGUCGAUUUGAUAAGUGACUGCUGAAUAACUGUAUCUAGAAUUAAAAUCUUAAUUCUGGGAACAUUUUCUAGAAAUAAUUAAUAAUGAAAAAUAGAGCUACAAAGUAGUUCAGUUUCUAUGGCAAAACAAUUUAGGGAGGUAGUUCAACUAUAUAUAAAACACUUUUGUGGAAUGUUCACUCAAGACAAGAUAAAUCGGCCACGUUUGCAUCAUAAAAGAACAGAUGCAAAGAAAAAAAGAACAGAUACUUCCUUGGCUACUUUUAAUAUGUGUGAGCGACUCUGUCGCACAUUUAACCGUAACUUGUAACAAGCAGCUUAAAAAGCUCUAACUCGUCAUAACCAGUCAAACAGGGCUACAUCUGCUACAGUAGGUGGGGGAGGGGUGGAGGGAAGCUGAUGUCGGAUAAAUAUUAAUUGAGGUGUCUGUUGCUCAGCACCAAUCAGAAAGUAGGAAUUCAGCUAGCCCCACUCUUUUUUCCACCAAAGUUUUAUUGAUCCAGAAAAUUAUAUUCGGCGGUCCUUGUGCAUAAGGCGACGAGAAAAUCUAAAAAAAUAGCUAUUCGUUCAAAUGUGGCUUUGGACGUAAGGGAACCACCCCUCUCCCUUCUUCUCCAUUUUAGCUAAGCGUGCUCUAAUUAGACGAAUUUGUAAAGAAUUGUAUAUAUUAUUUAUCGACCCUAAUAUGAAUAUAUUUGGGCAUGGGACGAAGCAUGGAAAAUAUGGGUAACCGAAUCUUUAAAGUUUCUGUUCAGAACUAAACGACGCCAUUGCUUCAGCUACGAUAAUGGAUAUUUUUAUCGAAUUUGUCAAGAAGAGAAAAGACGUGCUUUCUCGUGAAAAAGAAAUACUUAGAUCAGCUCAAACUAAAGUUUUUUAAAACUUUAAAAAAAGAUGUAAAGAUAUCUUCGGAAAUAUAAAUAUAAAUAGUGUUCACUA